GCCAUUGCUCCUCCAGCGUGGUCACAAGAAGACACGCAGAUAAACCCUAAGACUUGACGGCAACAGUUGGAUGCUCGAUCGCAUCGAAAAAUCCAAGCGAAACGACCCGACCAGACUAUCGAUUUCAGCGACAAGCGCUUCCUUAAUGCCGCGUGAAUGCCACUUCAAAUAAAAUACGAUAGUGGAGCUCUAGAAGAUAAACUAUCACCUCACACAUAUAGCGCAGUUCUUCGUUGGAUCAGUGGUCAUGGAUUCCACAUGGUGGAGCAAGGACACGAUCGCGCUCGUCACCGGCGCCAACAAAGGGCUCGGCCUCCAGAUCGUGCGCGAGCUGGCGUCGCGCGGCAUUACGACGAUUCUCACAUCCAGGGAUGAGCGCCGGGGCCGCGAGGCUGCGGAAACCCUGGCGCGCGAGGGAUUGGCGGUCGUCUACCACCGCCUGGACGUCUGCGACGCCGGAUCCGUGGAAGAAAUCGCGCGCUGGAUCGCGGCGGAGUAUCCAUCGGGCAUUGACAUCCUGAUAAACAAUGCGGGAGUGAUGCUGCUGCUAGAUCGUGACAGACUCGAGGCGGCGAGGACGAUCAUCGGCACGAAUUACUACGGCCUCAAGAGGACCACCGAGGCGAUUCUCCCACUCCUCAAGCGCGGCGGCCGGAUCAUCAACAUGAACUCCAAGGCCGGAGACAUCGCGUUCGUCAAGAACGAGUGGAGAGAAAGGCUGCAAGACCUCCGGCGCCUCACCGCCCAAGAGAUCGAUCGAUUCAUCGCGGAAUUCCUCCGCCACGUCGAGGAGAAUCGAGUGACCGCCGCUGGCUGGCCGACCUUCGACUACGUCCCGGGCGAUCCAGAGGCCGUCUCGAGCUACUGGGUCUCCAAGAUCGCCGCCGCCGCCUACACGCGCCUCCUCCACAAGCAAAUCGCGCAGAGCUCGCGAGAGGACCGCCAGAUCUUCGUGAAUUCGAUGUGCCCGGGAUUGACAGCCACGGACAUGACGACCAAGGUCGGGCAUUCGGUGGAGAUUGGAGCGGACACCGCAGUGUGGCUCGCGCUCAUCCCCAGCGCCGCCAGCCCCUCUGGGGGAUUUUUCAUGCUCCGGCGAGACGUGGGCUUCUCUGGAAUGCCGUUCUACUGCAAUGGGGAGCUCCAGAUCGUCCAGAACGAGGACAAACCGGCGAUGGAUCUGGAGCCUCUGCCCAGCGCCGAGAAGGGGGAAAUUAAAGAGCAUCCUCUUCCUCUUCAAGCAAUGUGAGCAAUGCGCUGGGGAUCGAUUCAAUCGAAGCAAUCCCACAGCGGCCAGCUCCAAUCCAGUCGAUAUUGCUUAAGAUUAUGUUGAGCUCCUGCUCUGGAGAGCAGAGCACGGCAGGAGCUCGACCGUCUGUAAGCGUCCAAAACAAAUCAAUCUAGCUAGCAAUCAGUCAACCGCGCGAUCAGAAAACUUUGAA